GGCUGGGGACGGCCUGGGUCGGGCCCCAGGAGUGGGCGGGGCGCAUUUAAGAGCUGCCGGCCUGGUGCUUUCGGCUGAGGCGGCGCGAGACCGGUCCCAGCUGUCCAACUGGGUCUUCUGUCUUCCUAUCACCACCUCAGAACAGCAGGAUGGCUGCAAACAAGAGCAAGGGCCAGAGUUCCUUGGCUCUUCACAAGGUCAUCAUGGUUGGCAGUGGCGGAGUGGGCAAGUCAGCCCUGACGCUCCAGUUCAUGUACGAUGAGUUUGUAGAGGACUAUGAGCCUACAAAAGCUGACAGCUACAGAAAGAAAGUGGUUCUGGAUGGAGAAGAGGUCCAAAUAGACAUCCUAGACACUGCUGGCCAAGAGGACUAUGCUGCCAUCCGAGACAACUACUUCCGGAGUGGGGAGGGCUUCCUCCUCGUGUUCUCCAUCACCGAGCACGAGUCUUUCACAGCCACUGCUGAGUUCAGGGAGCAGAUCCUCCGGGUCAAGGCUGAAGAAGAUAAGAUCCCUCUGCUGGUCGUGGGAAACAAGUCUGACUUGGAGGAGCGGAGGCAGGUGCCCAUCGAGGAGGCCAGAGGCAAGGCAGAAGAGUGGGGCGUGCAGUACGUGGAGACGUCAGCUAAAACACGUGCCAAUGUGGACAAGGUUUUCUUUGACUUGAUGAGAGAAAUCAGAGCAAAGAAGAUGUCAGAAAACAAAGACAAGAAUGGCAAGAAGAGCAGCAAGAACAAGAAGAGCUUUAAAGAAAGGUGUUGCUUGCUGUGAGGGCAGGGCCAGGGUGGCAGAUGGAGCCCAUGGUUGCUAAGGACGCAGGACUGGGCUGGCGAGCAGAAGACACUAGCUGGCUCUACCUGUGUGUUCUGCUUUCCCAAACCUUACUCACCUGUACUUCUUUAAAUGGGGACAAACACUUGUGAAUUGGUGACUAGCAGAAGACAUAAGUCAGCUUCUUUUGGAGCUUUGGAGUCUCCACAUUCCCUCCCCUCUUUGGUCCUCCCUACAGCUUAACUGGGUGUACCAGUGAUCGAGGAGAAAAGGUCUUGUCUGAGUAUCUUUUUUCCCCUAGGAUUCAUUUUUUUUUUGCUUGGCUGGUGCUCUGCUACUUGAGCCAUGCCUCUAACCUGGCUUUUGCUGGUUAUUUUAGAGGUAGAGUCUCGAGGACUUCUUUGUUUGUCCUAGCUUCAAACAGUGGUCCUCCAGAUCUCAGCCUAUUAACUAGGCAUGCGCCCCCAUGCCUAGCUUUUCCACUAGUUUUUAAAAUGUUACCCUUCCUCUUUUGCUUUGCAAUAAAAGUGUCUUUUUAAAAAAUUAGAUUUUGGAAGUGGGUAUGAGGUAAGAUCCUCCUAUUACUCUAUCCAGUUUAUCAAUAGCACUCAGAAAAGUCCAUUCAACCUUGAUGAUGCUGAAGAAUCCUGGAGCUUUUGAUAGCUUCUUGCAAUGCCCUGUGAACCUGAAGCAAAGCUGGACCAAUGAACUUGAAUUGGGGCCAUAUGGACUAACACCAUGUUUAUAACUCUUCUUUACAUAUGAAAAAUGCAAAUUGCUUUCUUUAUACC